AGUAAGCAUUAAGCAUCUGCCAUUUUUAUUUUAUUUAUCUUCACACAUUCGUCGACCUUGAAGAAUCUCUCAGUCUGAUCCUUUCAACUUCCCAAUUUAAUUCUGAAAUCAAUGGCGAGGCGGUCGCAUGUAACGGAGUUUGGGUGCAUCGCCUGCGACGAGUUGGCCGAAUUGGGCGCCGGCAGGGAAGGAUGGCUUGUUGACAACCCAAACAUUCUUUCUGCCCUUGACGCCCACUCCCUCGCUCUUGCCAAUCAUUCUGUUAUUCUCAUUCUCGGUUGGAACUACGACGACCCAUCGAGUCGUCCAGUUAAGAUCCGACCUUCUUUGACGCCAGUCGAGGGAGAUAUCACCGCUAUCGAGUGGCUCGUCUUUGAUGACCUCCAUGCUCUUGCCGUCGGAACUUCUAAUGGGUAUCUUAUCAUCUACUCAUUGGAAUCUGAUCUGAUUCAUAAACAGAUGAUAUAUCCUGAAUGUAUACGAAAGCUACGAGUUCAUGGAACCAAGAGUGGUCUUACACAAGAAACAUCCUCAGAGGAGGUUUGUAUUGUUAUGCCAGAUGUAAUAGCACGUUUUGAUGGAUCAGAAAUUCGGAAAUUGCUGCAGCGAUGGUUUCAAGAAGCAAGGUCACAAUUUCGGGAUCAGAGAUGGAAAAAGAGUGAGACAGAGGACCUUAGAAAUUCAUAUGGGAGAGUACCAUAUCAGCUAUGGAAUGUUAGCAAGUAUGGCUCAACUGUUGAUGCAGCAAUCACUGGGAUAAUGCUGCCUCCACUGAUGGAACUUCAGUCAAGUCAACGCUACUACUGUGCAGUUACUAUUGGAGAUGAUGCUGUAAUUUCGGCUUACAGGCUGUCCGAAGACAGAAGCAGGUCUAUACUUGGAGCUUUUCUGUCGAAAGUCAUGCCUACUACAUUUUCCACAAUUGUUUCUUUCUCUAAAAUGAUUUGGCAGAGUGACCAAACUUCAACAACAAAUUCUGAAGUGCAGCCUCAGCCAUUUGCUAGAGCAUCUCCUUUAACAUGCUUGAAGGAUAAGCCAAGAAAAGGAGAGAAACUCACUCUAUCACCUAGUGGCACAUUGGCUGCUAUUACUGAUUCACUUGGUCGUAUUUUGCUACUUGACACUCAGGCACUUGUGGUUGUGCGACUUUGGAAGGGUUAUCGUGAUGCUUUCUGCCUUUUCAUGGAGAUGCUAGUUAAUAGGGAUACAGCAUCAUCAUCAACCUCGGCUUAUUAUGAACACACAAAGAAUGAUUAUUGCCUCUGCCUAGCUAUUCAUGCACCUCGAAAAGGAAUUAUUGAGGUUUGGCAGAUGCGAACUGGACCUCGUCUUCGAACCAUUCAAUGUGCUAAAGGGAGCAAAAUUCUCCAACCUACUCAUAGGUUUGGAUCAUCAUUGACAUCUCCAUCAUCUUAUAUUCCUCUUGAAGUUUUCUUGUUGAAUGGAGACUCUGGACAACUAUCAGUUCUGAAUCGAUAUCUUAGUUGAGAAAAAUAAUAUUCUUUACCAUAAUAGGUGUGUAAGUAAUACUUACUUUCCUUUGCCAAAGCCAUUUCCUUUUGUGCAGCAUCUAACAAACCAGAAAGCUCCUGGAUGUAUCAUGAAUUUGUUUAAUUAUAUUCUUCAAUGGAGUCCA